AUGGCGAGCACGGAAGAAGCGGCCACCUCUGCGCCCCCAGCGCCCCCUGUGCCGCUCUCGGUGCUCUACUGCGAAGUCUGCUCGUUCCCGCUCGAGUACUGCGAGUUCGGCGCGAGCCUGACGAAGUGCAAGGAGUGGCUCAGGGAGGAGCACCCGGCCCUGUUCGACAAGUACUAUUCCGAAGAGGCGCUGCAGGCCAAGAUUGGGACGCUGAGCUUGGAGGCGCAGGAGAAGCUGGAGAAGGACACGGCGAAGAAGGAGGCGAAGGCUGAGGCGAAGGCGGACGCGGCUCUGAAGAAGAAGAUGGUGAUGUAUCUGCAGGUCACGAUCAAGCGGAUUGAGCGGAAUAAGCGGAAGCACGUCACAUCCAUCCACGGGCUGGAGGCUUUCGAUGUCGACCUGAAGAAGGCGGCCAAGUUCUUCGCGCAGAAGUUCGCGACCGGGUCGUCGGUGACGAAGAACCCUCAAGGUCAAGACGAAAUUGUUGUCCAAGGAGACGUCAGUUACGACAUUAUGGAGAUGAUCGAAGAGGGCGUGGGACUGCUCAAGAGCGUACCGAAAGAAAACGUGGUGCAAGUUGAGGAGAAAGCGAAGAAGGGUGGUUGA